CGUAAAACUUAGUUUCUCGACUGCUGCUAGCUCAGUAAGCUAACGGUAUCUCGAAAAACAGAGCACAUACAGUGUUUUAGCCGUGUGAAGUGGAUAUUUUUGGUACUAAUGGGAGGCAAACCUAAAGUUUCGAGUAAAAUAAUUCCUCUCGCCUCACCCAAAGGACCGGAGAAGCUGUGUGAACUCUGUCAAAGAGUCGCACGGCUGCAGUGCACCGAAUGUCGAGCCACUUUUUACUGUGAUGAAGAGCACCAGCAGGCUGACUGGGUGGGGAUCCACAGGAGAAUUUGUCAGCUGCUUGUUCCCAUCCGCACCCAGACAUUCCUAAGUCUCCAGAGGGCUGGCCAGAUUGUAACGCAGCAGAAAAAGGCAGAGCUGAUUGAGAUUUGCAGGUCGGUGGCUCAACAGAAGCUUUCUGAAGGGAAACACCAAGAGGCCCUGCCCGCCGCCCAGUUCUGCCUGCGAUGUUCCAUAGACGUCCACGGCCCCAACACUGUCCAGCUGGUCCCGGCCUAUCUGCUGCUGGCUGAGGCCAACAUUGGUCUGGGAAAUGUAAGCCGAGUGGCAGAGCUGCUGUCCCAGGCGGAAUGGUCAGUGUUGAAGAGCCCAGACUGUGGUCACGCAGUCCACCACCGGCUGCACAGGAGCCUGGGCCGCCUCCACAUGGCCACUGGAAACCUGGAACAAGCUCUGCUUCACUUUGCAAACGAUAUAUAUUUUGCCAGUGAGGCGUUUGGUUUGGACAGCACCAUCACCUGCCGUGGCUACUUCCUCAUGGCUGAUGCAUUUGCCAAGCAGGGAAAGACGCCCAUUGUUCGUUCCUUGUACUCGGAAGUGACGCAGAUUUGGCAUUGCCAUCUCACCAACCUCCUGGAGAACCGCAUUCAAAACGCCCAGAAUCCUAACGUGUUGUUGGACUCCUCUUAUGACAACCAAUCAGACAAAGCCCAGCAGGUUGAAGUGGAUGACAUGUUGAGAACCAUGUUGGAGUUUGAGCAGAAAGACCCCAGAAAAGACCCUGCUCAGGUUGCACGUGUGGCCCACUGCCUGGCCAUGAUGUGGUUCCUGGCAGGAGACUCCAGGAAGGCGCAGGGAUUUGGCAGCACAGCUUUGCAGGCCGGCCAGCUGAUACCAAACCCUGACCUGACAGAGCCCAUCCAGAGCCUGCUGCAGCUGGUGCAGAGUUUGCAGACAGAAGCACAUCCCAGUUCUGACGAGUCGCAAAACUCGGCCUCUGCUUGAAGAUCUGCUCCAUCGGGACAGCUUUUUAGCCCCACCCAUGUGAAGGUAGAACAGGGGUGUCAAACUCAUUUUAUUUCAGGGGCCACAUCACAGUAUUAAUAAUCAAUAAAUAACGACAACUCAGAAUUUUUCCCUUUGUUUUAGUGCAAAAAAAGUACAUUCUGAAAAUGUUCACAUUUCAGGAACUUAAAAAACAGGACACAAAAUGUCAAAAGCGAGAAACAAAAUGACAAAAAAUGACACAAACGACAUGGAACAAAACAGAAGAGACAAAAAAUUAGACAAAAAAAAAUUACAAAACAACAAAAACAUGGACAAAAACGAGACAAAAAAUACACAAAAUGACAAAAACCAGACAAAAAAAUGACAACAGUGAGAAACAAAAUGAAAAAAAUGGACAAACAACACAAGAGAGACAAUAAAAAUGCAAAACGACAAAAAUAACACACAAAACCACAAAUAAAGCAGAACACAAAAUGACAAAAUAAGACAGAAAACACAAACAAGACAAAAAGGAAACACAAAGCAACAAAAAUAUGAGACAAAUGACAAAAGUCAGACAAAAAAAGAGGAAAAACAACAAAAGCAAGACAAAAGAUUACAAAAAUGAGGCACAAAAUGACAAAAAUUGAGACAAACGGCACAAAACAAAACAACAGAGGCAAAAAAUUAGACAAACAAGUUACAAAGCGACAAAAAAAUUAAAGACAAAAAAUGACAAAAGUGAGAAGCAAAGCAACAAAAAAGUAGACAACACAAGCAUGACAAAAGGCACAAAAUGACACAAUGGACAAAACAACAAAUGAAGGAAAACACAAUGACUAAAAUGGGACAAAAAACACAAGCGAGACCAAAAGGAAACACAAAACAAUAAAAACGAGAAAUAAAAUGACAAAAGAACGAGACAAAUGACAAAAGUCAGACAAAAACCAACAAAAAGAGGACAAUAUAUUUCAAAAACGAGACACAAAAUGACAAAAGAACAAUCUAGUCUUUUACUUUAUGAUAAAAACAACUUGUCAUGGUCUAGAAAUUAUUUUAAAUUUACAGUCUUGCAAAUUUAGAAUUUGCAGUUGAUGUCUUCUCUGGAAUUUUUACCGGAUUGGACUCGCUGGACGGCCACUUUUGGCCCGCGGACCUCAUGUUUGACACCCCUGAGAUAGAAACUCCCCAACUGCUAUCAAAUAUAAAAGUUAAGUAAAGCACUUAUAAUGUGAUUUAGGCUUCAUCCAGAUGUUGUGAACUGCCAUUAUAAGUAGAAAAUGAGAAAAUAUUGUUUUUUGCUGAAUUUGGGGAUUUUUUUCAGACAAGGAAACAAUAUUUUUAGGUGCCUGUAAAUGAGGACAACAGGAGGGUUAAGCACAAAUUCAAAUGUUGAUCUUGAGAUGUUUAGGUGCAGUUAAAGAAGGAUGGGACAUAUUUUCACUGGUUUUGAAUAAUGACUCAUCUUUAUUUUAAUCUAAAAAAAGAGGGAUAUAUAUUUACAUCAUUUUGAACACUUGUGAAUUACAUGAUUUUGGGAUCCAUUUUGUAACACUGUCAGAAUGAUACAGAACAGAAUAAUGGUCAAGGGCAUUUCCUAAAACCUUUUCUAAUGCAAUGUGUUUGCUCAUUUCGUACCCAGCAAUCCUGAGCUUCUUCAUCAAUUCAACACAUCCAGAUAGAAUUCUGUCUGUAGGUCAUCAACAGAGUUGCAGUAUUUCACUGAAGCAAAAACAUUGCAUCUUACUCCUGCAAAUAAAAGAAUAUUGUAAACCUUUAAAGCAAGCCUCAGGUUCGUUUUAAAUCAGACAUAAAGUAAACCUGACGACUGCCGUGAAAUCUUACAUAUUAUAUACAAAUCUGAAACAUUUACUCUUUAUAUCAAAACAAUCAUCUCACUACUAGUGUUAUUUGUAUGGAAUUAUACAACGAAAUGUUUGUUUUUUGGCAUUCAGAUUCAUUUUUAUGUGUGGAGAGGCAGCAAAACAUGGAAACACUUGGAUUUUUCUUUUAUUCCCUUUUUUUUUUUUUUUUAAACGUUUUGAACCAAAUAUACAUUAGCAGCAGUUUGGAAUUAAAUAGUAACCUUGUGCUCUGUUGUUGUACACAGUGACUCGUCCAGAGGUCCCCGACAUGUUUGUUCCAGGCUGGCCAAGCGCCACACAGGCUAAUAAUUAGGUUUUUCCUUCCUUCCUUCCCCUCCUGUCACUAGCAUGUGGUACCCCUGUUCCUCUCAGAAGCCUCCAUGCCUCGUAUCGGAAAGAAAUCUUUCCGAACCGGGACCUUGAUCCUCAAACCAGACAGUGAAAAGGCAUUUUGAAAGUUGAUAGGGCACUGUUAACCCUCCUGUUGUCCUCAUUUACAGGCACCAAAAAAUACUGUUUCCUUGUCUGAAAAAAAUCCAAAAAUUCUGCUAAAAAAAUCCCCAAAUUUCUGAAAAUUUGCAAAACCUUCAGGAAGAAAAUUCCAAUAAUUCCUUAAAAGUUUCCCUUGAAAGUUUUAUUUUAAAAAAUCCCCCAAAUUUGGUAAGAAAAUUUUUGUAAAUAUUUUUAAAAACUGAGUGAAAGUCUUCCAAAAAAUCCUAAAAAUAUCUAAAGUGAUUCCAUAUAUAUAGGUAAA